AUGCGCUAUGACAUGUCUGACUACUGUGCCAACGCAUGCAGACUGUACGAAGAUUUGUCAAAGCGUCCUCUCAAACCUGCCAGCACACCUUUUGUUCCAGAUGGCUCUAUCCUCGCGUCAGAUUGGGAAAGCAAAGGAGCUUUGGCCUCAGAAGCGUCCAGAGUGUUAAUGAAAACACUUUGGUUAGCAAGACUAUCGCGUCCUGACUUAAUGAAAGGGAUAUCUGACUUGACGCGCCGCAUAACGCGAUGGUCCGUCGCGGACGAUAAAAAGUUGCACAGGCUGAUGUCAUACCUGAAAGGUACCCCAAACCUGUCGGUUGUUCACAAAAUGGGAGACGCCUUUGAAGAUUUGCGCUUGAGUCUUUACACCGAUGCAGAUCACUCAGGCGACGUUGACCACGCUCAAUCCACCAGCGGCAUGAUCUUAUGCCUAGAGGGAGAAAACACCUACUGGCCUUUGGCUUGGAGCAGCAAAAAGCAAACAGCCACAUCCAGGAUUCUGGUAUUUGGCGAAGCCUUGCCAGCUCAAGAGUUCCUGGAAACUCUCACUGGGAAGGAAGCUAAGCUGGUAUGCCAUCAAGACAAUAGUGCUGUCAUCCAAAUCGUCCAUGCCGGGUACUCGCCCAAGUUGCGACACGUCAGCAAGACUCAUAGAGUGAACUUGUCUUCGCUCUACGAAGUCUUUGAGUCAGAUCCGUUAAUCCGGCUUCAGUGCAUCAACACUGAACUUCAAGAGGCGGACGUUUUCACCAAAGCACUUCCUCCUGCCAAGUUCCCUGCAGCUUUGAAGCUCCUCCGAAUGGUGGCCUGGGCGCCCCUGGGUGAGGCCUUCGACGACUACGGCGGGCUGCAGAGCAUGAUCAAGAUAUGGAGCUCCAUGGCCAUAGCUGCCUGGGUGUGCUGGGCAGGGAACUUUGACUGCAGUGCCUCCGUGUAUCAGGAGCCAUCCUGCUUGCUGCAGCUCGCGCAAGGAGGGUCCAGAGGUCUCCGGGCGUCAGAACCAGACUGCCCCAGCUCUGACUGGGCGGAGCAGGUGCGCGUUGUCCCGUCGCCAGCCCCGAAGGCGGGGAAUCCGAAGCCAUCAGCAGGUGCAGCGGGUGACUUCCACCUUCUUGGAUGGACCUUGCCAGGCCGCCCAGACGAAGUCCUCAUUUACAGCAGAUCGGCAAAUGGAGCGUGGGAGUUAGACUCGAACAUUACGGACAUAGCAACCCGGAACGUGACGCUGUCGUUUGGUUGGGCCAGAGACACAGCUUUGAGCAGUGCAAAAGUUGUCGUAGCUUACGAUGCAACGUCCCCAGCAGGUCCUGCCGCUCACACCUUCAAGCACAACGGGGUCUCCUGGGUGUUCUUGGGACAGCAACUGUUUCCAGGAACCGAUGCCAUGUCUCUUGGGGGAAACUUGUUGGUCCUGGCGAACAGUUCAGGCAUGUAUCAGACAUUCCAGAUUCAAGGCGCAAGUUGGACGGCAGUGCCCACUGCCGACCUCGUGAUACCCACAGCGUUUGUCAGGUUUGCUGUGGACGGUCACACCCUGGCCGUUGUAUUAGCGCCGGCAUCCUUUUCCAACACACAAGUGCUGUUGUUUCAAUGGACGGGUAGCUCGUGGUUCGGGCCAGUGGCAAACAUCUCAAGCCCCACCGCUGCUCCGUUCAAUGGCGCCGGCCCAGUCGCCGUGGACGGGAACUAUGUCGCCGUGUUUUGGGCUUUGGCCGGCACCCCGACCCGCCUCCUCGUCAUCUACGAAAGCCAGGAUGGCUCGUGGUCUGACCUCACCGAGGUCUUUCGGACGGAGCUAAAUAGCUCCCCGGAAUUGCUUGCGGUCUCUAGCUCCGGCCGCGCAGCUGCGGAGUGUGUCGCGACAUGCGACCGGGUUACCAUCUUCGAGGCGAGCCCCAAUGGAACUUGGAGCGCCGCACGGACGAUCAAGUUUCUCGUGGACGUUUCAGGGGGCUCGAUGGCUCGGGCUGCCCUCACGGCCACCUCAGUUGCGGUGGCCGAGAUUGCAGUCCCAAGCUUCGGAUCCGAGUACUUCCCCGGCGGACGGAUCUUCGGAUGCAACGCGACGAUACUAUCGACGUUGCCCUUGGGUAUGUUGGCGCCGCCGGCGCUUUUCAUCUCGUCGGAGGAUGUGCAAGCGUCGCUGCAGGCCAUGGCGGCUUUGCUGGAGUUGCUGCGCUGGCCCAACUUCACUCAUGAUGAUGAGGUUGGCCAGGGCACUGAGGGGAAGUUUGGGAUCCCCAGAUUCAAUGGUGAGCCGACCAGACUCGCCGAGUAUGCUUUUAGAGUUCGAGCCAGGAUUGCCAAGGAGAAGACGAUGAGCAAGGAAGAGAAGGCCAAGCUUGGGCCUCUUGGGCUGCGCCUCGUUGAGGGGAUCUCCGGAACGGCUUUGCGCAUGGUGCAGACCAUGGAGAUGACCGUUUUCGAGCAAGAGGACGGCCCCGACAAAUUGCUGGAGACCUUCGAGAAGAUCCUCAGACCCAAGCGGCUUCAGCAGCUCACGUGGUACCGCUGUCUCACGGACUGCAGCAAUGAGAUGCGCCUUCCGGACAUGGCGUUGGCUGAGCAAUUGCUUGCUUCCUCGAAUAUCUCGGCCGACCAUCAGCUGCUCAUCCGGACGGCGAUCAAGGGCGAGAUCACCUUUGAUGCUGUGGCCGACGAACUGGUGGCUCAACACGGCCGGAUCCAUGAGAGGGAGCGACGCACGCCAGACACGACGGAGUACAACGAGCACCACGACCUCCCAGAGGAGGAAAUGUAUGAGGGGUACAUCGCCGAGGAGGAGCUGGACUUCGAGGAGGAGCAGAUUGGCUAUCUCGUCGAGGACGGGGUGGAUUUGCUGGACCCUGACACUGCCGAGUAUGCAGCCGACCUUAUGCAGAUCGAGCAAGAAGCGCACUUCGCACGCAAGGGUGCUUCGAAGAAGGGUAGCGGCUUCCGAGGCCCGCCCACGCGGCAAUUUGCCGUCACUGGCUCACUCAGCCUGGAAGAGAGAAGGAGGAAGGUGGCGGACCUGAAGGCCCGCACCACUUGCCGCCGCUGCGGACAACGCGGCCAUUGGCAAGGAGAUCCGCAUUGCCCUCAGACCAAAGGCGCUGGCCGAUCAGGAAAGGCGCGACCAGGAUCCUCGACGACAUCCCCGCCUAGCUCUACUACAAGUUCGCUGUCGCAUGGCAAGGGCAAUGCUGGGAAAACUGGCAAGCCUCGUCCCGUGUACUUUGCCAUCCGCGAGGACGAGCCGCACCGGCGCACCGCCAACUUGGCCUAUCGGACACCAGGCCUCAACGACUAUCGGGCUGUGCCACCGCCGCGUGAUCUGCGCGGCAAUGGCGUCAUUGACCUUGAGACCGACGGCAACGACCACAGCCCAACCGAGUCCUCGUGGAGCUUGGUGCCUGCAGAGUUGCAACCGCGAUGGCUUCCGGAUGCCACGCCGGCACCUACGGCGAAUGACCUCGAGGAUGCAAUGCUGCAGCAAGCCCUUAGUGCAAUGGAAGUGGACACUCCGAUUCAUGCGAUCGGGGGGCCAGCCGCUUCAUCUUCUACAAGGAUGUCGGCGACGACACCAACGAGAGCAUCGCCGACCUCCUCGACCCCGACCAUGUCUCAGCAGUCACAGCCCUCGCCGUCGCGAACGGGGUGCCAGCACCUAAAGACCACCACUAAGGGCAGCAAUGCGCACUAUCGCCAGGUGAAAUGUCUCGACUGCGGGGCCUUGCUUGAGCGGACGAAGAUCGAGCCGACGACGUCCACUGCAUCGACUACCGCCAUGCCAAAGCCUGGCUGCGCACAUCACCGGGUCUCUUGGCGAGGAACGAAUGCUUUCUCUUGGAAGCGCACCUGCUUGGACUGUGGUUUCCAGGAGAGCGGCCCGAGCAGUACGAGACCAGCGCCAGCAGCAGGCGCCCCGGGUCCUGGAAGGACACCGCAGCAGGAGAGCCGAGGUUUGUCAUCGUUGGACGAGGAGACCUAUCUGACACGAGCAGAGGCGGAGCGUGCCGUGGCAACCUUCCAGGAGGCUGUGCACCAACGGCUUCAACACGUCGGAACCGAGAGCUACAUCAAGGGAAGCUCUUUGCGAGAAUCCUUGAGGCUGAUCCUGCAGAUGGUGACCGUCUUCAACGACCCGCUGCCAACAGAGCCACAACCUGUACCGCAACGUGACGCUGAGCUUGGACGAUUGGAGACCCUCCGCGAUCGUGCCUCUGCUCUGGCCACCGAGGGGAAGUACAAGAACGAGCCCGUCUACCAUGCCUACCAGGACAUCGGCUACCGCAAUUGGGUGCAAGCGAACAUCGACGACCGCAGCGGGCGAGGGAUGAAGCAACUCAAGCUGCUCUUCAUGGAAAUCGCCCAGCACGAGACUCACCAUGGCCCCCUCUUCAAGGAGCCAGUUCGACGAGCUUUUAUGGCCCUUAAUGAUGUCGACCUGGAAGGGCCCACGGGAUCGGAAGGUGCUUUGGUCUGUGUGCUGGACACAGGUUGCAACACUACGUGUCAUGGCAGCCGAUGGUUGCAGCGCUACCUGGAGCUCACCAAGCAGGAGGCCCCUGAUCUUCUACCGGACACUGGUGGGGGAUUUCGCGGCAUUGGAGGUCUGGUCCAGACCUCUGGGGCCCGCGAGCUGGACUUGUGCCUGGAGCUUGCCAAUGGAGGAUAUGCCAACGGGAGCCUACGGAGCGUGGAGCUAGAGGACAGUGAUGCGCCGCUGCUCGUGAGUUUGGAGGCACAGCGGAGGUUGGGCCUGGUUCUUGAUCUGAGUCGCGAGGUGGCCCAUUCUCAGCUUCUUGGUCAUGACCUUCGACUUGUGCACCAUAAUGGGUUAUUUGGCCUGCGGCUCCUGCCGGGGAACUUCGCCUACUACUUCGACAUGCUCAACAAUGACCGGGACAGCCUGGAUGACGAAGACCUUGACCGGGAUGACCCGGAGGGCGACGUCGAGCCCAACGGCGACUUCACCAAGGACACCGACUUCACCAAGGACGGCGACUUCACCAAGGACAUCGACUUCACCAAGGACAUCGACUUCACCAAGGACGGCGGCUUCACCAAGGACAUCGACUUCACCAAGGACAUCGGCUUCACCAAGGACAUCGACUUCACCAAGGACAUCGACUUGACCAAGGACGGCGGCUUCACCAAGGACAUCGACUUCACCAAGGACAUCGGCUUCACCAAGGACAUCGACUUCACCAAGGACACCGACUUCACCAAGGACGGCGACUUCACCAAGGACAGCGACCUCACCAAGGACAUCGACUUCACCAAGGACAUCGACUUCACCAAGGGCAUCGACUUCACCAAGGACGGCGGCUUCACCAAGGACAUCGACUUCACCAAGGACGGCGGCUUCACCAAGGACGGCGGCUUCACCAAGGACAUCGACUUCACCAAGGACAUCGACUUCACCAAGGACGGCGGCUUCACCAAGGACAUCGACUUCACCAGGGACAUCGACUUCACCAAGGACAUCGGCUUCACCAAGGACGGCGACUUCACCAAGGACGGCGACUUCACCAAGGACAUCGGCUUCACCAAGGACAGCGACUUCACCAAGGACGGCGACUUCACCAAGGAAGGCGACUACACCAAGGACAGCGACGACAUCAAGGACAUCGUGGGCACCGAACCGGCUGUUGGUUAUUUGGCCUUUGACAAGAUGAAGACCCAUGCCAUGAACAAGGGCCAGGCGAUGAAGCACAAAGAGCAGAUCCUUGGGGUCAAGAGCCAAGAUCGACUUUUGUGGAACCAUGUGUGUCCCUACAGCUCACGCCGGCGUCCAUGCCUUCCCCGAGGAUGUGGAACCUUUCUUCUGGAAAUUUUCGGCUGUGCAGUGCUCACUGGCAUCGCCCACCAACACUACGGCUAUCCGGUCUCCACUCCCUUGGGAACCGGGCACCACAACCGCAUUGACUUGACGACCGAGACUGGGCGUGAGCAAGCCAGCCUGGUCAUCGAGAGGGAUGAUCCUUACCUUGUGGCAUUCUCGCCUUCGAGUACUAUGUGGUCUGGCUGGCAGCGUGUGAACGCCGAGCGCAACGAGAACAGCAAGGAGGUCUUGCUCAUGAACCCAGCCGGAUCUGAUCUUUGGAACACUUGGGACCUGCAAGAGCUUCUUUGUCAAGCUUCCACCCGAGAAGCAGCCACCGCCGAGCGUCUGGAGAAACUGUCUUUUGACUCCUGUGCUUUUGGGCUGCAGGACCCCUUCUCUGACAAGUACCACCGCAAGCCUAUGAGUGUGCUGACUGCUUCGCCUGCCCUCAAGGAGAUGCUUCGUCAACAUGGACUAUGCCCUCGAGACCAUGCUCACAGCUAUCUAGCUGGAAGGACAAAAUGCCGGAACACCGCCGGAUGGACAGUGGAGCUAUGCACGGCUGUCAUGGACGCGCACCUCAGGGACUUAGAUGGCAUCUUGGUCCGUGCAGCGUUCCCGGCCGAGGCUAUGGAGGAGGACGCGGCCGAGCCCCUGGAUGAUGACACCGCGCCCCUCACCUUGGACGAGAUCUACGGUGACGAGGACCUUGCCAGCUUCUUGCCUCAGGCGAAACAGGUCGAUGAGCAAGCUCUUCUCGAUGAAGAGACGCCCAAGCCUGAGAUCGAGCAGGACGAAGGACAGCCGCUCCAGGAGAUGAGAGCAAGGUGGCGUCAACUGCCACAGUCGACACGGAUUGCGGUGAGGAGGCUGCACACUAUGACGGGUCAUGCCUCGGUGACCUCAAUGCAACGCCUUCUUCGAACUGCUGGUGGCGACCCCGAUGUGAUAAAGGCCUUGCCCUACUUCCACUGCCCUGCUUGCGCAGCUCGGCGACGACCUGCCCAACAACCUGCCACAAGGAUGCCCAGCGAAUACCGCUUUAACGUAGAGGUGGCGCUGGACUGCUUCGAGAUCCGAGACGUAAACCGCCACCGUUACACCGUUCUCUCGGCUGUUUGCAUGGGCACGCUCUACCAUACUGCCAUGGUGGUUUCUCCAAAUGGUGGCAUGCCCUCCUCGAAGAGAUGCUUGGACGCCUUCCGGACCAUGUGGCUGGACUGGGCUGGUCCGCCGAGACGCCUGGUACUUGACCGUGGUGUCCACAACCGAGGGAUUUUCUCUGAAACCAUCAAUGCCAUGCACAUCGAGCUCAGGUACAUUGGUGUCGAAGCGCCCUACCAGCUCGGACGUGGGGAGCGCCAAGGGGGAAUAUUGAAGCAAAUUCUUCAGCAUGUGAUCGAAGCCCGCCAAGUGGACUCCCUUCGCGCGCUUGAGAUGUUGAUCCCGGAGGCUACUUUUGUCAAGAACAAUAGAGUCCAUCAUGGAGGCUUUACUCCAGCUCAGUGGACGUUAGGCCGCAUGCCUUUGGAAGUUGAUUCCUUGGUUGCUGAAGAAGCCGAGGGACGAGCUGGAGUACACGAGGAAGCCCUGAAUCCCGAGACCGAGUUCGGGAAGCAGUUGCAAUUUCGCAUGGCUGCCAAGGAGGCUUUCAGCUAUGUUGAUGGGGCUCAGCGAGUCCGAGCGGCAAUGCUUCGAAAAAUGACGCCCCAAAGGGGGCCCUUUGCGCCCGGCGACUUGGUCUGCUUCUACCGCAAGACUGGAGGUGGAGCUACCAAGGGACGCUGGAUGGGGCCAGCUCGUGUGCUUGGACUUGAAGGGCGAGGUUUGGCUUGGCUCACUCACGGCGGCAUUCCUAUUACGGCCAGUGUUGAGUCUCUUCGUUUUGCCACAGGAGGCGAAAUUGCUGCUAAGCGGAACCUGGAGCUGAGACCUUCCAGGAAGCGACGCCGUGAACUUGUGGAGCCUGACGAGGAGUUCGAGUACCCCUUUGGAGACGAUCUGGUGGGAGCACCCACGGCGCAAGGCGGAGGCAGGGAGCCUCAGCAGAUUCCCUUCUUUGACAAUGAGGACCCAGACUUGGAGGAGUACUUGCCCAGUCCUUCAGCAGAGCCGACCAUUGAAAGUCCACCGCCCGUCCUGGGGCCACCGCCUGGACUUCCGCCGCCCGCAGGCGACAUUGGCGCGCAACAGCUUCCUCCAGUACCCGAAGAAAGUGACUCAGACCUGGACGUGCCCACUACCAGUGGAGAACCUGAAGAGGAACUGCUACCACCGAGUGGUCCAGCCACGGCACCGCCAAGUCGACGGUCUUCGGACACACAGCCAGCAGCUGAUGCUCAAAGCGCCUCUACACGGACUACCAACGCACAGCCGACGACUUCUACCCCACUGGAAAGCUUCGCGCAGGGCACCUUGCAACGUGCUCUUCGUCGAUCACCGGAUGCUCUUGAUGGGAUGCCCAACGCAGCUCGCAGCCUUCAACAGCAUGAUGCGGAUAGGUCGCGUUCACCAGCUCCCUUGACACGUGGAGCACCUAGUGAGAGAUCCGCCUUUGUCGGGUUCCUUGCCAGACGCACCAAGGCCAAGACGAACGCUGCCAGGGCAAAGGAGCUCCACCUCAACAAGUCCACCCCGGAACGAAAGCAGAAGAUGCUGGCGGCGCGGGCCAAGGAGUGGAUGAACUGGACAAGCUUCGAAGCCACAACAGUGCUUCCUCCAGCUGACGCGGCCAAGUUCCUGAAGGAGCACCCCGAGGUGGAGGUGAUACCCACGCGCUGGGUUGACACGUUGAAGUCCGAGCCCUGGGAGGAGGACCGCCACAAGGCAAGGAUGGUGGUGCGCGGUGACUUAGAGAAGGACAGUGAGCUUCGAACCGACAGUCCCACGUGCAGCCAGCAGAUGCUGUCUUUCACCCUGGCUUUGGCUGCCGGACGUCGAUGGCCAGUUUUCGGUGGUGACAUCACAGCGGCCUUUUUGCAGGGAGAGAGUAUCACACGUCAGCUCGUGCUUUCUUUGCCCAAGGAUGGUGUGGAAGGCGUCGAAGAAGGCAGCAUCAUGAUUGCCAACAAGCCCGUCUACGGCACCCGCGACGCUCCACGUGGUUUCUGGAAGAAGCUGGCCAAGACCGCAAAGAAGCACGGCCUGCGCGAGGUCCCCUUCGAACCGGCCGCCUAUUCCUUGUCCAACAGCAAGGGCGAGCUUCUUGGACUGGUCGUCUCCCACGUCGACGACCUCCUAUGGACAGGUGGGCCCGAGAUGACCGAGGUGAUGCUCCGACUUCAGCAGGAUCUGAAAUUUGGAUCGCUUGACGAGGGCAACUUCACGUAUUGUGGAAGGCUGAUCACCCAGGAGGCCGAAGGGAUCCGGGUGACGUGUCCCAACACCGCUGCCAAGGUCAGGGCGAUCCAUUUGACUGCUCAACGUCGCAAGCAAAGGGACCUGCCAGCCACCGAAUCCGAGACGAGCCAGCUGAGGAGUGUUCUUGGCUCGUUGGGAUGGGUUGGCCGGGUCUGCCGACCGGACAUAUCAUAUGAGCUGUCUGCCUUGCAAGCCGUGCAGAAGCAGGCUUCCGUGCAGGACCUCCUGGACGCCAACCGGCUGCUCUACUACGUGCAGAAAACUCCCGAGGCUGGUGUCUUCUACAAGUACGGAGCCGUGGACAUUGACCGGGCGAUCCUUCUCUCGGUCACCGAUGCCUCCUACGCCGCCGACUACGAUACGAGCAGCAGUGGACAAGUCUUGGGAAAUCGCUCGCAGAGUGGACGACUGCUCUUCCUUGCGGACCCUAGCUUCUUGGAGAAGGGCGAAGGAGAGGUCUAUCUCCUCCAACAUCACUCGAAUGUGAUUCGCCGAGUUUGCCGCAGCACUCUUCAGGCCGAAACGCUCAGUAUGGUCUCCGGGCUUGAAGAAGCAGAGCACAUGCGUGCUGUGAUGUUUGGAAUGCGACACGUGUUGCAAGGAGACUGGCAGGUUCGAGCAAUGGACGCCGUCACCAUCCAGAUGCUCACGGACUGCAGAAGUUUGGAGGCGCACCUGCUGCAAAGUGGAAUGGGCACCACAAGCGACAAGCGCCUCUCCAUCGAUAUGAGUGCUCUUCGCCAGAUGAUCUGGCGGGAAAAUGGUGAGGCUUACGGAGACCCGCUCAACACAGAUGGCAUCCCAGCUGGUGCCACGACGAGAGUUGAGUGGAUUGAGACCAAAUCCAUGCCUGCUGAUGCCCUCACCAAACGGAUGCGCAGUGAACAGCUACACUUGCUGAUGGCAAAAGGCACACUGAAGAUCGACCGAGACCGCUCCUCGAAGAAAGCCGGCAGCAGACCGGUCUAA